AUGGCUGGGUGGCUGCGGCUAUGGCCGAAGCCGCGCCAUGGGAAAAACCUCAGGUAUCUAGCUCUAAGCUGGUCUGGUCUUCAGGAAGACCCGCUACUGCUUAUUGCUGCACAUGUGCCAAACCUCAGCUAUCUGAGCCUUAAUAGGGUGAGCGGCACAGAGACAAUGGUUAUUUCUGAAGGGUCCUUUCCACAACUAAAGGCACUAAUACUGAAGAACAUGCUCAAUGUCAACCAGUUGACAGUUGGGAAGGAUGCUCUUCCAAAUAUUGAAGGUUUAUAUAUUGUGGCGCUGCCGAAACUGAAUAAGUUUCCUGAAGGAUUUGAAUCCCUUGUGUCUUUAAGGAAGCUGUGGUUACUGUCUCUGCAUAAGGAUUUCAAAAUCCUGUGGGCGUUAAGUAGAAUGCGCCAGAAGAUGCCACAAGUGGUGGAGGUUCGCGUCGAGUGA